AUGUUGGCCUUGGGAAGAUCGAUGUUUGGCUCGCUCAAACCGGGCAUAAUGUUCCAGCAGCGUCCAAGUACGCAGCCUGUCUUUUCGUCGCUUCUCAACACCGUCUUGAAGAGAUACAAGCACGAGUAUGCUCCGAGAUACAAAAGAGUCAGAAAGGCAUUCAAAGGUAGAGUCACCGUCAGAACCGGAGGCUCCAUCAAGGGUAACUCGUUGGAAUUUGGCGAGAUAGGCUUGAGAUUGAAGUCCAACGGCCUCAGAAUGACCGCUACACAGCUCAAGGAAGCCGACAAGGUUAUUGCCAGAGAAAUUAGACCUUCUGGUGCAGACUUGAUCACUAGAUUCACUUGUAACACUCCCGUGUGUAUCAAGGGUAACCAGACAAGAAUGGGUAAGGGUAAGGGAGCCUUUGACCACUGGGCAUGCCGUGUUCCUACAGGAAAAGUCUUAUUUGAGAUCAGAGGAAAGAUCCACGAAAAGGUCGCCAGAGAGGCGUUGAGAAAAGCCUCAGAGAAGUUGCCUGGACUUUUCGAGAUCAUCGAUAGAAAUUCUCAGGUUAGAGUUAGUCCUAGCACCUUGAUUGACAAGCCAGAGCCUGUUGAUUACGUGGAGGUGAUGAACCAGAAUCCUACCAAGAAGUGGACCAACAUCCAGCAGUCGAAGCUCCCUGAAUAUAGAUUGUACCGUGGACGCUAA